CCAGCAGCCGCUUCCUUGUGACCGGGAUUGGGAGGCUGCUGGGAAAACAUGGCAGCUUCCUUUUGUUUGUGCGGAUUUACUCCACUCCGAGUUCGGAUUUAAAGACAUUCUUCAGGGGAUAGACGGAUCCCCACCACAUAUCUGGGCGUCAACACUGCCAGUUCUCCUCACCGCUGAAGCAGAAGGACAUGGAGCAGACCGGGAGCAGCGACAGUCUGGGCUCCAAGCGCUCCUCUUCUCGGCAGCCAAGUGUUGAUUCAUUGUCCAGUACUUCCACGUCUCGAUCUGAUCGUUCUGCCCAGGCCAAGCCACCCUCUGCCAUGUCCUCUGAAUCUGUGGCCACCUCUGCAGAGCUGUCCCCAGAGCUCAGGGUUAAGCCCAAAACUGCUGCCAAGCAUGUUCUUCGAGAGUCGGACAAAGAAGAGCCACAGUUACUUCCCAAUGAAACUGUGCAAGACAUGGCCCAAGAUGUCACAUACUUCUGUCCUUUCAUUGGAGCCCUGAGGGGAACAGUGAGCGUUACAAACUACAGACUGUUCUUCAAAUGCAUGGACAGGGAGCCAGCUUUUGUGCUGGAUCUGCCCCUCGGGGUGGUGAGUCGUGUGGAAAAGAUUGGAAGUGCGUCAAGCCGUGGUGACGUGUCGUACGGGCUGGUUUGCAAAGAUAUGCGUAAUCUACGAUUUGCACACAAGCAACUGGAGGACACACUCAGGAAGUCCAUUUUCGAAGUGCUGGUGAAAUUUGCGUUUCCUGUUUCCAACGGGCUGCAAAUCUUUGCCUUCGAAUAUGGGCAAGUCUUUCCUGAAAAUGGGUGGAAGGUGUACGACGCUCUCUCGGAAUACAAAAGACAGGGAAUACCCAAUGAGAGCUGGAGGAUAACAAAAGUAAACGAUCACUACGAGGUUUGUGACACCUACCCAUCAACUCUGGCUGUGCCUGUCAACAUACCAGACGAAGAACUGAAGAGAGUAGCUGCCUUCAGAGCCAAGGGAAGGAUUCCUGUGUUGUCUUGGAUCCAUCCGGAGAGUCAGGCGACAGUGACGCGCUGCAGCCAGCCGAUGGUCGGAGUGAACGGGAAGCGCAGCAAAGAGGAUGAGAAGUACCUCCAGGCCAUCAUGGACGCUAACGCUCAGUCCCAUAAACUCUUCAUCUUUGAUGCCAGGCCCAGUGUCAACGCUGCUGCCAACAAGAUGAAAGGUGGUGGUUAUGAAAGUGAGGAUGCGUAUCAAAAUGCUGAGCUGGUGUUCUUAGAUAUUCACAAUAUCCAUGUGAUGAGAGAGUCGCUCCGCAAGCUGAAGGAUGUGGUCUACCCCAACAUUGAGGACUCACACUGGCUCUCCAAUCUGGAGUCCACUCAUUGGCUCGAGCACAUCAAGCUGAUCCUGGCAGGAGCUCUUCGAAUCGCAGACAAGGUGGAGUCUGGGAAAACAUCGGUGGUGGUGCACUGCAGUGACGGCUGGGACCGCACAGCCCAGCUCACGUCCUUGGCCAUGCUCAUGCUGGACGGUUACUACCGCACCAUCCGCGGUUUCGAGGUGCUGCUUGAGAAAGAGUGGCUGAGCUUCGGUCAUCGCUUUCAGCUGCGCAUUGGUCAUGGCGAUAAGAACCACACAGACGCAGACCGUUCACCUGUUUUUAUUCAGUUCAUCGACUGUGUCUGGCAGUUGACUCGCCAGUUUCCUGCAGCCUUUGAGUUUAACGAGUACUUCCUGGUGACCAUCCUGGACCACCUGUACAGCUGCCUGUUUGGGACAUUCUUGUGCAACUGCGAGCAGCAGCGGUUGAAGGAAGAGAUUCCUAAGAGGACAGUGUCACUGUGGUCUUAUAUAAACAGCCAGCUGGAGGAGUUCAGUAAUCCUUUGUAUGUGAACUACUCCAACCAUGUGCUGUUCCCUGUAGUCAGCUUACGCCACCUGGAGCUUUGGGUCGGCUACUACAUCCGCUGGAACCCUCGCAUGAGACCUCAGGAGCCUGUUCAUCAGCGCUACAAGGAGCUGCUGGCGAAGCGCGCCGAGCUGCAGAAAAGAGUGGACGAGCUGCAGCGAGAGGUGACCAACCGCUCGGCCUCGUCCUCCUCUGAACGUGCGGGCUCCCCCACACGCUCCAUCACUCCAGUUCAGACCUUUGUUUGACACAACUUUGACCCCCUGAUGGGUGCAGAAUCUUAAAUCCUACCUGUAAGAAGGUGCCAUACAGUAGUAAUCAGUCGGCCACACCUGGCGCCAUGAGGAAAGCGUGGGACCAACUGGCUCUUUGAGUGACACACCGCAUCUUUACACUACCAACAAAAAGUCUGAUGUGUUUGCACAGGUCAACAGAGGAGCGUCUGCCUCACACUGCUUUACUACAGCCAUAUUGUAUUCUUCUUCCAGGAAUGAGAGACAUGUAACUAGAAUAGUGAGUACUGUUUAGCAUAUCGACCUACCUACAAUCAGUGUUGACACUAAAAUAUUACUCGGGUAAAAUAUGUAUGCCUUAUACACUUCAUAGGAACACUCACUUCAUUCCUCUACACUACCGAUGCUUUCCAUUUUAAAGCAAUACCGCUGAACCAAUUGUGAAGAUGUACAAUGCUGCAAAAAUGAGCUCUAGGACUAAAACCAACUAGCUCGGGAGAUGUUAAAUAUUCAGAAAUGUAGCAAAAGGGCUGUAAUGUUAGCUUCUUCUAAUGUUUAAAAUAUAUAGACAAAGUGCUUUAAAAAAAGUUGUCUUCACAAGUUAGUGCUUUUAGGUUGUUAUUACCAAAUAUUCAUGUUUUUUUUUUACUUUUUAUGAAUACAUAAUGUGUCAUGUAUGGCAUUCCUCUUAUUGAGUGAUUUAAGUUUUGUAAGUUUAAUUUUUCUAACUAGUUAUUUAUUAUCCGUUAGUCCAGGUUUUUAUUUAUGGCUCACAAACACUUAGUCUCAUGUCAUGAAUUUAUUAGAGUUGUUCCCAUGCAAUAUUAAUAAGCUACACAGAAAAUGCAACAGUUCAUUUGUCCCAGUCAAUAUUCAAUUCAUUACUAAAAUGUUAAUGUGUGGACAUUCCUAAGAGAUGCUUUUUAAAAAUAGUAAUAGCUAAUACUUUUUUUCAUAGGCGGCAGAAUGUGUAACAACUAAUAAUUUGCUUUGGGUGAUUUUUUUUUUAGUUUAAUAAAUAUCUGUGCCUUGCUCUGAAUGACUGAUUGGGAGAAAAACAAGAGAAAAGUGUGCACAGUUUUUUUAUUGCCAAGGUGAAACUGUUAUUGCAGUGUUUGUUAGCCUUUCAAUGAGUAUGUGAAUACUUAUAUAUAUAUGAAUAAAUAAAUAAACACAGGGCUCAACUUCAA